UUAUCGAGUACAGUGUUGUACAACGCCACUGUGGGCCAACACAUGUCCGCGCCGGUUUCUAUUUGCAAAUUUGGACAUUGCGAAUUCAUUUAUUGCGAACCGCUAUCACAAAAUGUCGCUGCAAUUUCAAAACGACUGCGGAGAUUCCGUAAAACAGGCGAUCAUCGAGGAGCUGCAAAACCUCCUAAGCUCAGACACGGGUGUCCUCCAGCAGGCGGAGAGGCGAACAAAGCAGCUGGAGUACACGGAAGGCUAUGGCGUCUAUCUGUCUGAGAUCAUUAUGAACCAGGCGCACGAGCUGCCACUCCGUCAGAUCGCGAUCGUAAUGCUCACACGCUACGUGGAGAACCACUGGACGGAUGACCAGGACGCCGGCGGCAAGGCCAACGGCUGCAUGGCCAGCGAGCAGGCGAAGCGCACCAUCCGCAACAUUCUGCCCAAUGGACUGUACGAUCCCAACUCCAAGAUCCGCUCCUCGGUAGCGCACACCAUAUCCACCAUAGCCGCCACAGAUUACCCACAUAGUUGGGCGGAGCUGUUCGACAUUAUAGUAAAAUGUCUGGGCGGAAACGAGGACUCCAUACACGGAGCUAUGCAAGUCCUACAGGACUUUAACUACGAUGUGGAGCAGAUCAAGGAACUGGGACCAGUGGUCAUACCCGAGGUCUAUCGCAUUUUCGACUCGGAGAAGAAUUACUCGAUAAAAACCCGCGUCUCGGCCAUUCGCAUUUUGAAACCACUGUUCGCAUCUAUUGCCACACUGAUCUCCAAUAAGGAAGAGCAAAGUACCAUGAUGAGCUCCAUUCUAACCAAUUUUAUGGACAAGCUGAUGCAUUACCUGAGUAUGAAUAGCGGCGCCGGAUCGAGUUUCCUUCUGCGCUCUGAGAUCAUCAAGGUGUUUACCCAUUUGGUCACCGAAAUGCCCAAGUACAUCAACCCCUUUAUGGACCGCGUUUUGCCCAUAAUUUGGCAGCUGCUUACACAGAUAGCAGAGACUUACGUGAAGGUGUCGGUAAACCAGACCGAAACGAAUCCCCUGGCCAGCGGCGACAGCGAGGAAGAUGAUGAGCAGACCAAUUUCCAAACGCUUAUCAUCCAGAUCCUAGAGUUCAUCAACUGCAUUCUGACUUGCAGCAAACUGCGCGGCUGCAUCAAAAACGUACUGGCUGAUCUCAUCUAUAUUACGAUCGUGUACAUCCAGUUGAGCGAGGAGCAGCUUGAGGACUGGCAGGACGACCCGGAAAAGUUUGUGGACGAUGAAGAUGACGGUGGCGUAGAGUUGACAGUGCGCAUGUGCGGCCGUGAUGUCCUGCUGGCCAUAAAUGACGAGUUCGGUGCUAAGGCCAUCCAGCCAUUGCAAGAGGCUUUGGGAAGGCAUUUCAGCGUGGCAGAGGCGGAGAAGGCGGCCAACAAUCCCAACUGGUGGAAGAUACAGGAGGCCUGCAUGGAUGCCGUUCACGGUUUUCGCGACAUCAUCCUCGAGGGUGACUCCACAUUCGACCUGUUGAACUAUUUGACCAUAGUUCGGAAUCUGCUUGUGCACCAGGAAUCGCCGCCUCUGGUGGGUCGCGCCCUUUGGACGCUGAGCACCUACUCCAAGUCGGACCUCUACAAUCCACAGAUGUUGACCGAGAUCCUUGACGUCACGCUGUGCAGCCUGUCGCCGGAGAAGUCGCACAUCCUGAGAAUUAGUGCAGUGCGCACACUGAACGGCUUUCUCCAGGCGAACGAAACGAGCGAGGGAGAGAAGCGUACUUUAUUGGUUUCCAAACUGCCUGGAUUCCUAGAAGGAAUCAUGGCUUUAGUACCGGGUUCCAAAGCCGCUGUUUUAGCCUUGCUAAUGGAGGCCUUGACCAUCAUGGUUAAAUUCGAUGCUGAGUUCGCCUUUGCAGGCCAGGCCAAGAUCACGCCUCUGGCCAUUGCUGUGUUUCUUAAGUACACGGAGGAUCCGUUUGUGCUGGAAACGGUUCAGGAUCUUAUCAAAGCACUGUGUCAGCGCAAGGAGUGCCUCGGACCGCUGCAAGAGAAGUUCAUUCCCACUAUCGUUAGCAUCCUAGGACUGACAGGAGCGGCAUCCACGGAGAAGCAGGACAUUGCCCUAGACGUUCUCAACACAAUAGUCCGCUACACGGAGCCGCCUCUGAGCAACUCGUUGCUGGAGACCGCUUUUCCUGCCGUGAUUAACUGCGUACUGCACACUGACGACCAUGCCGUCAUGGUUGCCGGUGGCGAAUGCUUGCGCAGUUUCAUCAACGUGUCCCCGGACCAGAUCUGCAGCUACAAGAACGGCGAGGGCAUCAACUGCAUCAUGCAAGUGGUGGCCACUGUGCUGCUCAAUCCCAUGAACAGCGAAAUGACAGCAGGGGGUCAAAUCGGACGCCUCGUCAUCACUAUUAUUACCAAGAUGGGCAGCAUGCUCGGCCAAAAUGUGGACAUGCUGCUUAAGGCUGUGAUAAGCAAGAUGCAGAACCUCGAGUGCCUAAAAGUUAUUAUGAAUCUUGUUUUGAUCUUCGCACAUCUGUUCCUUACACAAAUGGACGCGGUGCUCAAUUUCCUUUCUACUGUUCCCGGACCAAACGGAGAGCCAGCGAUGCAGUUUGUGCUUACCAAUUGGCUUUCACGCCAGAACUCAUUUUUCGGAACCUAUGAGCGAAAGGUCACCACAAUGGCUCUCUGCAAGCUGUUUGAAUAUGGAGUGGCCACACAGGACAACCGCUUGACCUCAAUAACCUUUAAAGAGUUAGUGGAUGACCCCACAGAUACGCGCAGAAGGACACGCUCCGUGGCGGCUGCAACCCAGAAGUGGGUGACCAUUCCGGCGCUCGUCAAGAUUUUUAAGGUGUUGAUUUCUGAGUAUCAGCACUUCCAAGAGGGAAAAACGGACGAACCUCUCACGGACAGCGAAGAGGAUGGCGAGGAUGAGGAGGCGCCCGGAACUGCUUCAAAGCCACGCUACAUUUCCGAUCUGUUCGAAUCGGACGACGAUAAUGCCGAGGAUGAACAGUUGCUGCUGGAGCUGCUUAAGGAGAUCAACUACCAGGGCGACAUUGCUGACAACCUGCAGAAGUUCCUAACCACCUUUACGCAGAACGAGCACUUCCCCACUUUUUAUGAACACCUCACAGAAGGCGAACGCCUCAUCCUGCUCACAAAGGUGCAGCAGAAGUAGUUCGCAGCAGCUUAAGGAAUUCCUUAAUUUUUACAUGUUUUACGUCGAAUUGUGUUAAUCGUAUUUAUAUAUUGUUGCUAACCCUUGAAUGAAAUACACAUUUCUAUAUUUUUUAAAUAAGAAAGUUUUGAGUUGAUAGGAUUUGUCAUACGACAAAAAUUAACGAAAAUAUGAAAUAUUUAAAUGAAGUUUGGAUUAAAUUAAUUAAUUUUGUAAAAAUUA